AUGACUUAUGAAGAAGUACUAUUUCUGGUAGUAUUCACUAGAAAGAAAAUGUAUUUUGGCAUUCCCAAUGAAGAUACCCUGAAUUUUAAACCUGCAGAGUUUUUUAUAAGAGAAAUUGAUACUGUGAAACAGGGUAAAUCCCAAGUUUUCAAAACCAUAGGAGAUCAGAUUAUGUGGGGAAAUUUCGAACAGUUUAUAGAAACCAAUGCAUGGAAACCUGAUAAAGACAAUAAAGCCAUUCAGCGAUUUAUAGGACAAAUGAGAGGAGAACAUGAGAGUAAAAUUCUGACGCUAGGUGAGCGCUUUAAUUAUGUAAUAACCCAUCCUAACACAACUUUAAAUUUACAUGAUAGAAAAUUAACGCUAACGAAAGGUGAAAGAAUGGAAUUCGCUGAUGUGAUGAAGAAAUUGGAUAAGGGGCUAGAUUUAUAUCAUUAUUUUGAAAAAACUAUUAUUGGCCUCUGUGUCCGAUUUAUUAUAUAUGAUAAGAAAUACAAGCCAGCUCUCUCAAAUAAGAUAAUGCAAAUCAAGAAUCCAGAUGAGAAAUAUAAACAAAUAGAUAAUUAUGCAUAA